UAUUCAUGGUCUCCCUCUCAGCACUUCGAUGAAGAAAGCAACUCCCCUCCUCCACCCAGGAACAUGAAGGCUCUAUCGGGCGGGCGGCCCAGCCAGCUCCAGAUCACCUCGGCUCACACCUGCGGCCUGGCCGACUGCGAACACUCCCUGGACCACCAUGACUCCCGCACCCCCUCUUACCUCCUUAGCCCCACAGAGAGCUGUCCCAUGGAGCACCGCCGCUGCUCUCCCCAUAGCUCCAUCCACUCUGAGUGCAUGGCAAUGCCCGUCUCCGUCUCCAUGGCCAACACAGACCACUCCAUCUCCAGCAGCACCUUUCCCAGGAUGCAUUACAGUUCCCACCACGACGAUCGAGACGAGUGUGGCUCGUCGCACGGCGGCAGCGGUAAAAUGAACAGAAUCCCGGCCAACCUGCUGGACCAGUUUGAGAAGCAACUUCCGUUACAUCGCGACGGCUUCCACACACUGCAGUACCAGAAGACGCACACCACCACCACGGAGCAGCGCAACGAGAGCCCCGGGAGGAUCCGACACCUGGUCCACUCUGUCCAGAAGCUCUUCACCAAGUCCCACUCCCUGGAGGGCUCGUCCAAGAUGAACGGCACCAAGGGGGACUCGCACCGGGAAGGCUCCCACCACCACCAUCCCAACCACCAUGGACACCACAAACACAGCAAGCGCAGCAAGAGCAAAGAGCGUAAGUCAUCAGACAGCAGCGGGAAGCAGCGCUCCGGGGUGGCGGGCUGGUGGAGCUCGGACGAUAACCUGGACAGUGACAGUACGUACCGGACGCCCAGCGUCAUGUCCCGCCAACAGGUGGACCACAUCAGCCACUGCUACCCCGACUCUGUCCACAGCCACUACGGGGACCUGUCGCUCAAGACCUCCAAGAGCAACAACGAUGUGAAGUGUUCCGCGUGUGAGAGCGUGGCCAUGGCUCCUGAAGGGAAGUUCAUGAAGAGGAGCUCCUGGUCAACGCUGACCGUCAGCCAGGCCAAGGAGGCCUACAGGAAGUCUUCCCUAAACCUGGAGAAACCCAUGAUGCCCACAGACCUCAAGCCCAACCUCAGGCCCUGCCACUAUCUACAGGUACCUCAGGAUGAGUGGAGUGGUUACCCAGGGGGAGGUAAGGACGAUGAGAUCCCCUGCCGGAGGAUGAGGAGCAGCAGUUACGUCAAAGCCAUGGGUGAUGAGGAGAGUGGAGAGUCUGACUCCAGCCCCAAGACCUCCCCCGUGAAGACGGUCCGGCCAGACGCCCUGGUCAAGUCUGUCACGCAGAGACCACUCCUAGACUCCCAGAGUCAGAACUACCACUUGCAUGCCUCAAGAGAUAUGCACCCCCACCACCCCAGCAUGGCCCUGGAGCCCUCCACCAACUACAACUCCCAGCAGCCACCUCUCCCAGCAGCCCAGUUCCGCUCCAGGAACCAGAGCUACAUGCGGGCGGUCAGCACUCUCAGCCAGGCCAGCUGUGUUAGCCAGGUGAGUGAGACAGAUAUAAACGGUCAGUUUGAGUCAGUCUGUGAGUCGGUGUUCAGUGAGGUGGAAUCCCAGGCUGUGGAGGCUCUGGAUCUGCCCGGCUGUUUCCGGACACGGAGCCACAGCUACCUGAGGGCCAUCCAGGCUGGCUACUCCCAGGAUGAUGACUGCAUCCCCACCAUGACCUCCUCCACUGUCACCUCCACCAUCAGGUCCACCACAGCGGUCACGUACACGAACAACUACAAGAAGACGACCCCUCCGCCGGUCCCACCCCGCUCCACCUCAGGCUCCAAGCCCCUCAUCUCCGUCACUGCCCAGAGCAGUGCAGAGUCCACCCAGGACACGUACCAUGAGGGCAGGCACCCUCGAGGGUGGGGGGAUGGGCUGGGCCUGAGCCUGGGCAGGGCCCUGUAUAACUCCACAGACAGCCUGGACAGUGCCAAGGCCGUGACCAUAGCCAUGGAGGCAGCUGGGCUGAGGUCUGGGAAGAGGCACCCGUCCACAGACCGUCACAGUCACAGCUCAGUGAUGACCUGUGAUAAAGCCAUCCUGGUGUCCAAGGCUGAGGAGUACCUCAAAACACCACGCUCCUCCAUAGGGAUACAGGUGGAAGCAGCCACCGACUCGGAGUCAGAAAGUAAAGGGUCGAAGGAAUACCAUUCUGUGGGGAUCCAGGUGGAAGCUGACAGACGAGGGCAGGGCAGGUUGAAGCGCUCCAACAGUGUAACAGCCUCUGUGCAGGCUGACAUGGAGAUGGAGGGGUUUCCCACCAUGGAGGACAAGGGCCUACAGUUUGGAGGGGGCUUCCUAGGGGGGCACUCUGAGCCCAGCACGCCCACCCAGUAUGGGGUGCGCACCGUCCGCACCCAGGGCCUCUUCAGCUACCGGGAGGACUACCGGACCCCUACGGAGCCCCCUUGCCCCCAGCAGACCUCCAACGAGACCACCUGGCAGCUAGAGCCCCCCUCCCCCAGGGAGCCAGCAGAGUCGUCGGGCGAGUCGGGCCGGACGUCCCCCGCCUUGCGGAGGGAUGGAAGCUGGUUCAUGCAGCUGCUCCACGCAGAGACCAAGAGGAUGGAGGGGUGGUGUAAAGAGAUGGAGACAGAGGCGGAGGAGAACGACCUCUCUGAGGACAUCCUAGGUAAAAUCAGGAGUGCGGUGGGCAGUGCUCAGCUCCUUAUGUCUCAGAAAUUCCAGCAGUUUUACUGGUUGUGUCAGCAGAACCUGGACCCCAGUGCCAUGCCCCGCCCCACCUCUCAGGACCUGGCUGGAUUCUGGGACCUCCUGCAGCUGUCCAUCGAUGACGUAACCGCCAAGUUUGACGAGCUGCAGCAGAUAAAGAACAACGACUGGAGGCCCGUGGAGAAGAGCCCAGAGAAAAGGUUACCACCUGUCGCACCAAAGAAGUCCAUGAUCGGGAAGAGAGGAGUGACACGGGAGAAGUCUCUUGAUCUUCCAGACCGCCACCGCCUGGAAGCACGCAGGAGGCUGAUGCAGGCCAAGCGGGCGGCAUCCUUCCGUCAGAACUCGGUGUCAGAGAGAGCAGACAGCAUCGAGAUUUACAUCCCUGAGGCCCAGACUCGCCUUUGAGAGGACUGGGACAGGGGUCAAGGGUGAGGGGCGUCUCCCCCCUCAGACUACCCCUCAACUAGACUCUCCUUUAACUAGCCUUUUUUCUAGACUAUCUACUGUACACUUCCCUCCUUUAUCUGUCUCCUCAUGACUUCACUAUCAUCACCUUCGGAGUUCAUCUCCACUCCAGGCCUCACUGAGUAGGAUAUCACAAAACUCCUCUUCCAUCAACAGAUAUGUAUUAGUGGAUAUACACUGAGUAUACUAAACAUCAGGAACACCCCCCCUGCUGCUUUUCCCCUCAGAACAGCCUCAAUUCGUCAGGGCAUGGACUCUACAAGGUGUCGAAGUGUUCCACAGGGAUGCUGGCCCAUGUUGACUCCAAUGCUUCUCACAGUUGGCUGGAUGCCCUUUGGGUGGUGGACCAUUCUUGAUACACACAGGAAGCUGUUGAGCGUGAAAAACCCAGCAGCGUUGCAGUUGUUGACAUAAACCAGUGUGCCUGGCACUUACUACCAUACUCCAUUCAAAGGCACUUAAAUGUUUUGUCUUGCACUCACCCUCUGAAUGGCACGCAUACACAAUCAUGUCUCAAAAGCUUAAAAAUCCUUCUUUAACCUGUCUCCUCCCUUUCAUCUAAACUGAUUUGAAGUAGAUUUAACAAGUUACAUCAAUUAGGGCUCAUAGCUUUCACCUGGACUCACCUGGUCAGUCUAUGUCAUGGAAAGGGCAUGUUUUGUAUACUCAGUGUAUAUCUAAGAACUGGUUCAUCAUUGGUUCAUCUUCUCCUUGGUUUUCCCAUGAAAAAGUUUUUUGUUAGUGGAAUAGUGUUACAUGAUAGAAUAGCCAACCCCCAAAACUCUCAUUAAAUUAUUCUGGAAGGGUAUGUAUGUAUAUUUCAACAUUUGCAAAGUGCAAUUAAAAAAAUGUAGCUUUGAAACCUACCAGCAACCGGAGAGAAUACAAACCCAGUUACGAAUUGAUGACCCCAUGAUGAGUCCAACUCUUGGUGGAAACCCCUACAAUUAUCCUACUGUUGUUUUCACAAGAUAACAAUCACAAAAUGAUUCAAGUGAACCUAUUUGAAAGUUUGAAAUACCUCAACUGUACAUGCCGCACUGUAGCUUCUGACCAAGAGGCAGGUGGGUCAUCCCUUCUGAAUUGUUUGUUUUAUGCACUCACAGUAAGCUCUGGUUAUGUUAAAGUCGUCAAAGUUUAAAAAUGCAGCUUUCUACACAGUCAGCUAAAGGUCAAGGGUCAUGGUAAAAAAAAGUGAUUUAAAAAUGUCUAAAUCAUUCUCAUUACCUUUCUCCUUUCCACACUAUACUCUACAUUGUCCUAUACUAUUGACAUUUCACAUGCAAUGACAUUUACUUGAAGCAGACAACAUGUCAUACUUUUUUUUCAGAAAAAUAUUUUACAUAAUUUCAUUGCAGUGGAAAAAAUGCUAUGGAAGGUUUGCGUAGCUCUUUAAAUCAAAUAUGCGGAAAAUAAUGCACUUUUGCACUUAUCAUUCUCUGUAUUUCCAAGGGAAAUGUACAAACAAAGUUCACAACAGUAUUGUUGUAUUUGAAUUGUAAGAGAGGAAAUUAAUAUUCUUAACCACGUGGGUGAUUUUUUCACCUCAAUCUCUCCAUGCCUUCCUACAUAUCAUGUUGUAUCAAAGUAGUGCUGUCAUUUCUGCAAACAUCUAGCCCGUCUCCUACCCUUGCUGCCAACCCAGGAAUAACAGUGUCUGUUCAAACAACACAUAAGUUACAUUGUUUCAUUGAGUAGAACGCAGCUUGCACAAUCUUGGAGAACGUUUCUAUUGUUGAUUACCUACCAGACAAGUGCAGUGUGUGAAAAGUAUUUGUACCUUUUCUAGGAACCGCUACAAGGUAACACUGUGAAACAGUCCCAGAGGGAAGAGGUAUGAAGGAAGAAACCUCUCCAGGAUUUGAUUUAGUGACUAAUGCUUUUUGAUACCGGCUGAUAACAAAGACAUGAAAAAUGUGACGUUGUAGAGAUGGACUUGUUCUCUUGUGUGUGGGAUGGCACUGCAGGGAAUAUGAGUCAUUGGAACACUGGGGUUAUUUUCCCCUCACACAGCUCAGACAUGCACUCCAGAGGCCUACUGUGAUGUAGAAGUGGAGGGGACUGUAUAGUGCCUGGGUCACAGUAACACAGUGAAUGGUAGUGACCAGGGUUUGGAUCAGUUCCCGUAAGAGGCUAGAGGAGGCCUGAAAAGGCCUGGGACUAGAUUUGUUGGGGUGAGGGAUGAGGUGUGUUGAUUUGAGGGGCACUUCUCUUCUCUGCUGAAUCUGACUAAUACUGUGCACUGUAGUGGUGUAUAAACUCGAUUACCCCUCGUGAUGACCGGCUAUCACAUACUUGACAAACCUUGAAACUCCUCUGCUGUUGUAGGACAUGUUAAAAUGUGAUAUUACACUGAUAGCCACGAGGCUAGUCGGCAUCAGCAUUGCCAAUCCUAUUGUAGCUGAGUUAUCUAAUGUUAUCUAAGACUGCAGACAUCAGGACAGGCUGAUUCUGCUGCAGACUGGUGUCUAAUUUUACUAAUAGACUGGAAUUGAUUUUAUAGGUUAUAUUUUGGGGUAAUGAGCCAAGUCACUGGUGCUACUUUUUGCUCAAUCGAUCCAGUACUGGGUAAACAAUCAAUGCAACACUUACAGUAGCACUCUCAUCUAAUUGAUACGGCUCUAAACUAUCUAUUUUUGGGACUGAGAAAAUGAUGAUUGUUUAUUUUUGCUAGUAGGCUGCGUACGCCUGGCUUCUAUUGUAACUGGUGCAGGGAGAAAGAGACUUGUUUUGCUGCAGUCAGAGCACUGUACCUUUCAGCAGUCUGGAGUCACUUUGUGUCCUGUUUGUGUUGAAGGAACAGUCUUGUUGUGGCACUUUGUUGACAGCUUCAGGAACAGUGUGACUGGAAGGUCACCGUGCCUCUGAGUCCACUCGCCAAUCGCGGCGCAGAGACAUGACCCCACCGUCACCUUCUCAGUGGCCCAACAGUCACUAUGUGUCAUCUGUAUGUCAUCCUUACAUUGCUAGAAGAUACUGUUUUGAUAGCCUUGUCGUGGGGGUCAGUUCAAUUAUAGAUGUUUGUAAACGACAUAAACAAGGCACAUUUUAGAGGACAUUUUGAAAUGUUUUGCAGCAUAUUACAGUUGCUUGCAGGAUACAGAAAAUAGUUGCAUUUUCUUUUGAUCAUUUUAUCUUUACCUCAUAUUUUAUAAAAAUGAUUUAUGUCUUCCAUGGCUUCAUUUUGUAUCAUGACUAGUUAGGGUGGAUGAAACGAGUGUGAGUGUAGAAACAUUCCCUUCCCCGGGGAGUGAAAAUCUGGCUGCUGUCUGCAUACAUCUAUCUCAGUGAUGUCAUUUCGUUGGAGGGAGGGAACCAACCUAGCCAAAAUGACAGGGUAUAGUAGCUGUAGUGCACCGUUAUCUGUCGUGCAGGAAGCCAGGAUCUGUGUUGGCAGGCUAGCGAUGUUCCCCUGCUGUUCCUACAGUUUUACACAGACAGACGUGCAGCAGUGGCAGAGAAAGACUCACACUGACACAUGCUGACUUAGGACAGGCUGGGAUCUCUGCUUUGAGGUGUACUUGGUGUUGUUCCAUGCUGCAGUAGUUCUGUAGGUGGAUGGAGAUGGUAGCUGUGAUGGAGGUUGUGAUGGGGUUUUCUCAUAUACCCCAGUGUGCUGGUUACAGAAAGGGGGCUUAAUUAAGUGUCAUCCCUUUAAGGUCCUUGGAAAGAGCUACCAGACUGCCUCAAAGGCCCUUGAAAGCAAAAGUGCUGAUGGUUGUACUGUACUGCCUCUACUGUUGAGGAUAACAUGGUAAAUCACAGCAGUAUGUGGGUUACAUAGAUCUGGUUCGUCUCUAUAUCAGCCCUGGCAUCCCUGGAGGAUACACUCUGAUAUCCUCGCUGCUUCUUUUACUGUGUGUCAUUGAAAUGACAGAGGUGUGUGUGUGUGUGUGUAUUUUUAUGCAAAUUCGUCAGGGUUGGUGUGCUUGCGUGUGUGCAAGCAAGCAAGCAAGCAUGUGAGUUUGCUUCUAUGAGUGUGUGCCAAAUAUUUUAAAUUAUCUUCUCUUCCUCUUGUUUUCCUGAGUGAGACAGCUGUCCACUACGUUGGCUCAUAUUUCAGACGUAUUGUCUCCUCUACAGUACCAUUUCCAAUUGGAUUCCAUCCAGAUAACCCUAAAUGCUCAUAGCAGCAUUAUGAAUGGUGACAUGAUGGCCUAAGGAAUGGCAAGUAGCCCAGGUAGAGAGCCAGCAACUCUGAUUGAAAGUUCAGAUUCAAUCUAUACACUAUGGCUUUAGCAGCAUAUUCAUGCAUAGCUUAGCUUCUUUUUUUCAAUGCUUUUAUGUCUGUGUGAUGAAUAUUUGACAGGUCGAGGGGAAAUGAAAAAGUGGAAUACACAAUUUUACAUAGAGGAUCGGAGGAGUUUAUAGUGGAUGUUCAGUAUUGAAAAGCAGGAUGCUUUUUUUACUACCCUUCCAUUUAUGUGAGUAAUUCUGUACAUUUGAAUUACUCACUAUAAUGUUCCAUUUGAUACAUACCAGUGCCAUUUAUAGAAUAACAAAUUGUGCUAUAAAAAUGUAUCUAUCCUGCCACAGACAACCAUCAGUUCUCCACUGUUGGUAAAACUAGAUACUUUCAGGAUACUCUGCCCUUUCUGAGCCCACCAUUACAUAGCUGUCAUCAAAGGGUUGUAUUGCUGUUUAUCUGCCUGCUUUUGCUGUUCUUCGCUUGUAAGUACAACUCACAGUGCCAUUUGAGUCCUUUAGAUGGCGCUCAACUUAUUUUUUUUGUGUAAAAAAAAAACAAUGACAUGGCUAUUUCUAAUAUUUUUUCCACUUGAUUUGUUACCCAUGAUCUUUUCCAUGUCCACAUAUUGAUUCUGUAUGUCUGUAUGUCCUAAUGUGUCAACUCUUGCAGAAUACACAUGGACACCAGAGGGUGUUUGUGUGUCAUUUAAAACCAGGCAGUUAAUUCCAGGCUAUAAUGUCCAUGGGAUAUUGUGUCAGCUUUUGUGGUUAUAGGGAUUUUGUGCGGGGUGUAAAAGGCCAACUAAUUGGGCAUGAAUUGUCUGGAAAAUAAAGUCACUGGUAGAUGUAGUUUGUUUUACUUUUUAUUUUGUUUUAUCGUCUUCACAUAAAGCCGACAAACUGGUACCACAGAUAAACAUAGUAUUUAGUUUAGCUUCAUUCUAAUGAAGGCAGCAGAAAAAUAAUGCCAUAUUCGUUGAUUAGGCAAAUGUGGAACUGCCAACUUCUGUAGUUCACCACUCUUCUAUCACAUGCUGUGAUGUUUAUUGUUCAUUCGCAACAAUCACAUGUCCCUGUUUCUCCCAAAAAUUAUGGAUUGGGGUCUAGGACAGUUCCUCUUCAUCGAUGGCCACACUACAUGUUUGUUUGUCUAUCUGCUUUUAGUAAAUAUGAAAUCUUUUGACGGGACUUUUUCUUGAAAAUAUUGACAUUGUAGAGAACCAUCAAGAUAGACUUUUACACCACUUCCUUGGUCUCGGAAUGUGAAAUGACUCAAAGUACUAGACAAAUUAAAAAGGUAGUUGUUUAGCUAAAACUAUUUUCAUCUCUUGUAUAUCAUAUCUAUAGUGAGGAUGAAUAUAAUGCCAAAUAUUCAUUAUUUGUAAAUAAAUAUAUAUAAAUAUAUUAAUAUAUAAUAUAUGCCUCAUUGAAACUGCUUUUAUUAAUUUUCUGCUUUUAUUAAUGUUUUGUUAUCAAUUUGUUCCUUUGUUCUGGUUAUUUUUGAUAAGCUGUUAUGAUGGCAUGCAGAAUACUGAUACGGAAUGUAUAAUUUGUUUAUUCAUUGUUUUUUAGUUAAUACUGUUACAUUUAUAAAUUAAUUAUUCACCUGUUUAUCAAAGAUGCAUUUAUAUAUGUUUUAUAUAUUAUAGUGUUUACUGAUUUUCUCACUGUAUUUUUUUCUGUUAUUUUAAACACAUCACUGUAGUUCUGUAUUUUACACAUUUUUCAGAAUUAACUCUUUGAAGAUUUUGCCUCUUAAAAGUAGUUUAAUCAUUGCUGAU